GAGUAGCUGCUCUCUUAUUUCACCUGCACAAGUAGAAAUUUUUUUGCUUCCACUGUUGGGCGUGCGACGAUGGCUUCACACUCCUUCGCUGUUGCUCUCUUCUUCUUCUUCCUCCUCCUCGACCUAGCUUCACUUCAAGUCCUCGCCGACGUGGUGCUGGAAGACGGGUACACCGUCACGACAGUGAUCGACGGCCACAAACUCGGCAUCAACCCGCACUCGGUGCUCCCUCGUCCUCGAUCGUCCGAUCUCCUCGUCCUCGACUCUUCCGGCAGUGCCGUAUACACAGUACCGUUCCCCAUACCAGGAUCCGAAGAGAGUGUGAUUAAAAGGUUCUCCGGCGGCGUCGAGGGUUAUUCGGACGGCGAACCGGGUUCGGCCCGGUUCAAGAAGCCCCGGAGCUUCGCUGUGGACCCGAAAGGAAAUGUCUUCGUUGCCGAUAAGGGAAACAACGUCAUUCGGAAAAUAAGCGCUUCAGGUAGUGUGAGUACAAUUGCUGGAGGGUACACUCACUCACUGAAGCCUGGACGUGAGGACGGCCCUGCUCAAAACGCAACGUUUUCGCCCGAUUUGGAGCUGGCUUUCGUUGCCGAUAAGUGCGCGCUUCUCGUCUCGGACCGCGGGAAUCAGCUGGUGCGGUUGAUUAAUCUCAAGCCGGAGGACUGUGCUAGGUCUUCUCCGUCGGCACUUGGAGCAGCUUCGAUUUGGCUUUUGGGUCUCGGAUUGUCAUGUCUUUUCGGGCUGCUUCUUGGAAUUGUGAUUCGGCCUUAUAUUAUCCGCAAUACAGGAGGGCCGCAACAGGCUCGGAUUCAGCGCGACAUGGAGGCUCUGCCAAAUCAAUCUGGGGAAGCAAGUACAGACUCUUUGCUUCGCCAUCAAAAGCGCAACUGCUAGCUCCACCCCAGCUGUGUCGCUGCUGAGGCGGUUGUUUUUGUUGUGCAUCUCUCAUCUUUCUCUUAUGUUUAGAACCAACCAUGUAGGGUCCCGAGUUUCGCCUAAGGAAUGUGUGUCUUUGAUUGAUUGUGAUUUUCAUAGCGAUAGUAGUUUCAAGGUAACAGAGAUAACAGAGUCGUCCAAGUAUGUGGAUCAGUUGAAGGAUUUGGUGGGUUUUGAUGGAAGCAUGGAGUUGCGUAGCAGGAAGCAAGAAGAUGGUAAUGAUGGGAGGAGUGAUGUGUUAUCUGGUUCUCAAGGAAGAAUUGAAGGUAUGAUAGACAGUAAUAUUAUGGGAUUUGUGGAGGGAGCUAAAGAAACAACUCUGCCGGCAUUGGGAAGUAAUUAUGGUUUAGUUAAAAGGAGAUGAAAUGAAAAGGUUGAAGAAAGACAACUAUAUUGUAUGUAUAUAGCUUAACUUAUCUCCAAUUGUGAGGCAUGUGAGUGUUUUUGAAUCCUUUCAUCAGUAGUACCUAAUAUCUGGAUAAUGGCAUGUUCGUGAUUGUGUGCUUACAUUUUGUGAGUUCUUCUAUACUGAGAAUCUUCAUUUGAUUUCAA